UCCUCGCACCCUGUUACUUCAUCUCAUUUGCUAAUUGCUCUUACAACAGUUUUUCUUUCUCCCUCUCUCUCCCUCCAUCUCAUCCCUUCUAGAAACUGAUCCUUUAGUGAAGGCACCACCUCCCCUCCCUCCUCCUUGUUGCCAUCACAUAAAUCCCUCUUUGGUUUGCUCAGUCCCUGUUUCACCCUGCAUUUGGUCUCCUGUUUCUCCGUGCGUCUCUACAUUGAUCUUUGCCUCUGGAUCUCCGUGGCCGUGGGAAGGAUGCUGCCCCACAGACUGCUGGGUCUGCUGGGACUCCUUGUGCUCUGCAAAGGCCAAGCGGAAAACAAGACGGAAAAAUCCUGUGAUGACUUCACCGACCUCAACCUGUCCCACUGCUUCUUAGGAACCAGACUGUAUGUCCGGCUGCUGCUCUACACCCGCUCCAACCUGGACUGCGGCCUCGAAAUAAAUCAUCACCAUCUGUCUUCUCAGCCUCUCCUCAACCUCCAACGUCCCACCACCUUCGUCAUUCAUGGUUACCGACCCACCGGCGCACCGCCCAUCUGGAUCAACCACAUAAUCCACCUGCUGGCGGAGCAGGAAGACAUGAACAUCAUCGUGGUGGACUGGAACAGAGGAGCAGCAAAUCUCAACUACUUUACUACGGUGGCUUAUACAAGAGAAGCUGCCCAGAACCUGACCGGCUUCAUCAUGGAAAUGGAGGAGGAAGGAGCGGCUCUGAGCUCAGUUCACCUGAUCGGCGUCAGUCUGGGAGCUCACCUGGCUGGAUAUGUAGGAGCAAACCUGAAGGGGAAGAUUGGCCGUAUCACAGGUUUGGAUCCAGCCGGGCCUCUGUUCGCCAGUGCUACACCGGAGGAGAGGCUGGACCCCUCAGACGCCAUGUUUGUGGAUGUACUUCACACCGACAUGGACUCGUUCGGACUAAGAGGAGCUCAUGGCCACAUCGAUUUCUACGCCAAUGGUGGAGUUGACCAGCCAGGAUGCCCCAAAACCAUCUUUUCAGGUAAAUCUUACUUCGUGUGCGACCACCAGCGCUCAGUAUUCCUGUUCUUGUGCUCUCUGAACCGAACCUGCCACCUCACGGGCUACCCCUGUGCAUCAUACACUCACUUCCUGGAUGCCCGGUGUCUGCAGUGUGAGGCCUUUAAACCCGCUUCCUGUCCCGUUCUCGGUUAUGACGUCAGCCAGUGGAGGGAUACUCUUCUACGACUCGGACAGACCAAAGUCUUCUUCAGCACCACCGGCACUUUACCCUACAAGAAGCUGAGCUACAGGGUGGAUAUGGUGACGUGGAACCAGUACCUCCGCUGGGGAGUCGUUUACAUCCGGCUGCACAGUGGCAGGAACUUCACAGAAACCCGCAUAGACCAUAAGCUCCUCCGAUUCGAGCAGUACACUUCCACAAGGCUGCUGGCCCAGUUUGACGAGGACCUGCAGCACAUCCAGAAGAUUUCCAUGCGAAUCAACACUGGGAACAUCAUCGGCCCCCGUUACAAAAUCAGGCUGUUGAGGAUUCGCUUCACUCCACUGGAGCAUCCUGACAGGCCGUUGAUGUGCCGUUUUGACAUCAUCGUGGAGGAAAACAUGGAGGUGACGUUCCGGCCUUUGCCUUGUACCUCUCAACUCUGACUCAGCAAACUUCUGACAUCCUAAAACCUGAGACUCAGUUGUCUACUAGGUACAGCCCUGUCACCACAUGAAGAUCCAGAGACCUUAAAGGAGGUCCAGUUGCUUCAUCGCUGCAGGCUGAGGAAGGCGGCAAACCGGGUUAUUAGAACCAGAAACUGGAAACACGACUCAUGAUAAACUGAGAGAAUGAGAAACAUAGAUAGAUUUACAGUAUGAAGGGGUUAUACAUGAGAGACUUGGAUCAUGCUGCAGUUUUCUGUAGGAAGCUGCUUUGCUUCAUUUCUUGAAUGCACCUUGAAAAUAUCUAUUUUAGUGAAUUCCCUCAUCAGCUGAAAAAAAUGAUCCCUGCAUUUCCCUCCAACCUUUAAUCCAGUUACACAACAUAGAAACGGACUGAAAAUGAACCAUUUUUGUUUCAGCUCUCUGAGAGAUAUGAAGAAACCUAAACCUUUAGAUAGUCUCAGUGAACUAAACCCAACUAAAAUGCAGCUCCUCCUCUUUGUGCCUUGUACCAGCAGCCCUUCUCAAUGAGAUGAAUCAAGUACACUGGAAGCGCAUAACACUGAGCGUACCAUCCACCAAGGGAAAGGCUGAGAACUCAACACCAACGCUGCCGUGACGCUUGUCGUUUCAGUUUUAUCCUUUAAAACGUGGAAAGCUGCAGACUUACAUGUUUGUGUGGAAGAGGAAGCUGGAACUUCAGCUGAGCAGCCAAUACAAGCUCCGCCUCCAGUGUGCAAUUAAUAGAAAAUACUGAAAAUCUAGUUUCUUUUUUUACUAUUGU